AUGGUCGCCAGUCAGGAUUUGCCACGUGGCUGGGAGUUCGACGGCACGGAGGCGAAGCUCAGCGACAUCUUCGCGGACAACAGCACGAGGAACAUGACGCCCCACGAGCGCGCGGCGCUCAUGCAGGGCAAGCGAAAGGAGCUGACGGAGUUCUUCGGCUAUGACGUCUGGGAGUUCCACGGGCCCAACGGCGAGGUGGACCCUCGGCGGAUACACAAGGUGCCCAAGGAUGCGGCAGAGCUCAUGGGCAUCGAGCCGGACACUCUUACGAAGCUCAUUAAGCCCAUGCGCGGCCAAGUGGACGCACCAAGGCGUUGGUGGCUACGCGCGGUGGACGACCUGAAGGCCAGCGGUCUCAAGCAGCAUCCCCUGGGCCCCUGCAUGUUCCUCACCUUCGACAAAGACGGCAACUGCGACGGGUUCAUUAUACUGUAUGUGGACGAUACGCUGGGAGGUGGAGAUGGGCGGCCGGGCAGCAACUACAGUCGGGCCAUCGCCGAGGCGAAGCGGAAGUUCAAGUUCAGGAAAUGGAUCGAAGACGACAAGAUGGACCACUGCGGCAGCGACGUAACGCAGACCCCGCACUGGGACAACCCGAAGUCGAACAGCAGCGAGAUUGAGGUGAAGAUGGCGACCUACGCGAAGAACCUGAAGCCCAGCACGAUCGACCAGAAGAGCAGCGACAACCCGAGGGAGCUCACUAUCAAGGAGAAGCGGCAGCUACGAGGCCUACUCGGAGCGUUGCAGUGGCCAAGCUCUCAGGCGUGCCCGCACCUUUCGGCUUCGGUCAGCACUCACCAAGGCCAACUACCUACGGCAACGGUCGGCACAGCCAAGGAGGCCAACAAGACGCUGCGGUUGUACAAGCAGAACUCGGACGUCGGGCUCAAGAUGAAGAAGAUCGGCCAGGUGUGCGACAUAGUGUUCGUAGCAAUGACGGACGCAGCCUGGGGAGUUCGACAAGACGGGCCCAGUCAAGGUGGCUGCGUCAUCUUGGCAUGCCACAAGAAGAUAUUCGACGGACACGAGUCCGACUUCAGCGCGAUCGACUGGAAGUCCUUCAAACUACUGCGCAUGGCGCGCUCCUCCCUACAUGCGGAGUCACAGGCAGCAGCGGCGGGCAUGGGCGGCUUGGAGUUUGCGAAGCGAUUCUGGGCAGCCAUGAUCUACGACGGCGUGGACAUCACGAAGGGCGAGACCACUCGCACGGCGGGUGAGUUGGCAAUAGUUGUGGACGCGAAGGCGCUCUACGACGCGGCCCAGAAGGAGAGCAUCGCUAGCUUCCAGGACAAGCGGGCCGGCAUCGAGGUGCUAGCGCUACGCUACGACAUGAAGGGCGAGAACGACGGCUGCGGUAUCGGGAUCUGGUGUGCCAUGGCUUUCCUACUUCUGGGGUUAUGUGGGGCCUACCCUGUUGCAUCCCACCUGAUCAAGAGAAAGGAAGCUGAGUACAAAUGCAAGGCGGAUCUGGCGAUUCUACGGGCGAAGGCCGAGAAGGAGCGGAUCGAGAAGGAAAGUGAACCGAAGGAACCACCGAGAGACGAGCGCGGCGGCUCGUCGAACGAUCUGUACGCGGCCAGGACGGUGGGAGUGCAGAGUAUGACGACAUACAAGCUCAGCGGAGACGUCUGGAGGCCCCAGCAUCAGGCGCAGGGUUUUCGCAGAGCGGGCGAGGUGACGACCGAGCCAGAGUUGGCGGAAGGAUUUCGAGCUCACAAGUGA